AUGAGUCAAUCCAGCUUACAAUUGUUACUCCAUGCUGGAGAAUUGGAAUAUAUUGUCAAGACAAUCAGGGCAUCAUUGAACAAGAAUGACAGAUUCGUUGGAGGUUGUUUGUUUGGCCUAUGGCGAAACUCUUUAAAGCAGCCAGUCAUUCAGUUCGUGACUGGCCCUGGCGAAAAUUUCGAUGACAGCAGAGGCAUUAAAAAUAUGUUUAGCAGUAAACAUGUCGAAUCGUGUGCGACGAUCAUGAUGGAAAAACAUUGUUUGCUGCAUCUUGGUUUCUGGUUCUACGGCCGGGAAGAGGAAGAUCAGAAGAAAGGUUUGUAUUGAUAUGACAGAUUCAUAGUUUGCUCCGUUUUACUAUAUUCAUAACUACAUGCAAGCAUAUGAUUACCGAUAAAUCGACAGAAAACGAUAGUGUGUGACUAUAAAACAGUUGCAUAUAAAUUACAGUGGAAUAUUUCCUAGUCCUUAUGUACAGUUAUAGCUAUAUAUAGGUUCACUUAUAAACCAUUGUCGCGCAGCAAUUCCUCGUUCCCAAACGACAUACCCUGGGAACGAGAUUGUUCGUGCAGCGGAUGGUUGUCAACCAACGGUUCUCAUUGUGAUAAACUUUUUUCUGAUUAGAUGUCGUAGUUUUGUUUUGGAUGGCCAAUAAAUAGAAUCGAGAGACAUACUGUACUGUACUGUAAUUUAAUUUUCUUGCUCCUAUACAUGUAUAAGCGCCAAAAUUUCUGAAGAUGGCCAUCUGCUGCGUCGUACUUACAGUAUAACGCAAUGUAUUCAAAGUUUUUUAUCGAGGUUUUUAUCGUUUCUAAGAACAUUUUACAUAGAUUUUGUUGUUUGUUUAUUUUAGCUGAAAGCAUGGUCUUUACAAGCGGACCUAAGUACAACGUUUUACUGUUUAUCAACUACGAGGAAGCACGCGGUGAAUCGCUGGGGGGUGAAUACCUUUUGAGGAAAGGUAGAAUGGAAGAAUCAAGUCCACUCUUUAGAGAAGGUGGGUUUUCCAAGCGAUAGAGGUUAGAUUUCCUCCUGGAUUGAUAUUUGUAAUAAAACAACAUUAUUGCAUCUUAUAGUUAUUGUAAAGUAUACAAUAUCCAGUUGAUUGAGUAAGGACUGAGUGACAUUUAUAAAAUUCUCUUGGUAGUGAGGUGUGGACAGGCCAACUUCGUUCCCAGGGACAGGCCUGGUCAAAUCAUUCCCAAGAGCACUUGCAUGUUUAUGGGAUAUAACCUAAGACUAUGAAUAUACCCAUGUAAUUAGUGUGGGGAUUAGGUUAGCUGAAUACUUUGAACCGUACAAUUCCUACUAUUUUCACAUGAAGGAUUUUGAAAUGCAGUCGAACCUCUCCUUAUGGACACAUCUCUAAUACGGACACUUCUCUGUUUCGGCACCCCUUUAUUACGAACAGUUUCCACAUAAUAACGGCCACCUCUCUAAUAUGGACACUUUGGUGUGUACCUUUAUUGUCUGUAUUAGAGAGGUCCGACUGUAAUUACGUUUCUGUUGCAGACGUUUUACCAGACCACAGUUCAUUCAGGAAGUUCAAAGCACUCACAACUGAAAUCAACAGUAAAGGAGACAAGGUUUCACCAGUGCAUGAUGGCCGCCCAGUUCGACAAAAUGCAGCAAAUCUUAUCGAAAAUCUACCUUCUCGAGUGCAAGUUGAAGAAGCUGUAACAAGCGACAAACAAUGGUAUGCCACUGGCGAAGGAAUGGAAUUUUUACAGCUUUUGUUCCAGUAUUUUCAGGGAGCUGAUAUUACACCUGACAUGUCUAGAGACACAGUUACUCAAGAUAUGCAGUUUGGUUUAAGUGGUGGCUAUUGCUUAGAUUUUCCUGCCAAUUUUCCGAAGAAAAUGCCGACACUCCGUGCUGCCGAUGGUUCGCGCCACGAGUUCAAACGUCGGUCCAAUAGUGAUGAAGAUGUUUGUAAAACGGUGGUACAAGCAGUCGUGGAUUUUCUUCGAAAUCCACCGCAGUCAUCACGUUAUGGAGGCCGACAUACUUCUGGUGGUAGAGGAGGCAAUAAUUACUAA